CGCCCCCUUUUGCGCCACGCCCCCCUCCCCGGGCUGGGGAGACUGGGAGGCGCUGGGGCCAAACUGGGAAGAGCUGGGGAGCCCCGGGCUGACCUGAGGCUGUUGGGCCAUGCUGGGGCUGGAUUGGGAAGCCCUGGGUGAUGCUGCGGGGUCACCGGAACAUGCUGCUUCCAUGCUGGUUGUCACUGGGUCAUGCUGGUGGCUGCUGGGCUGUUUUGGGUCUGUACUGGGAGGUGCUGGACUAUGAGGUGGGGUCCCUGGGCCAUGCCGCGGGGACCCUGGACUUUGCCAGGGCAGGCUGGACGUGCCGGGACGAGUGCAAGUACGAGUGCAUGUGGCUGACGGUGCGGCGGUACCAGCAGGGCGGCCACCGCGUGCCGCAGUUCCACGGAAAGUGGCCCUUCUCGCGGUUCCUGUUUUUCCAGGAGCCGGCCUCCGCCUUCGCCUCCUUCCUCAACGGGCUGGCCAGCCUGGUCAUGCUGCUGCGCUACCGGGCGGCCGUGCCCCCCGCCGCCCCCACCUACCCCACCUGCGUCGCCUUCGCCUGGGUCUCCUUAAACGCCUGGUUCUGGUCCACUGUGUUCCACACUCGGGACACAGCGCUGACGGAGAAACUGGAUUAUUUCUGUGCUUCGGCCGUCGUCCUGCACUCCGUGUACCUGUGCUGUGUCAGGACGCUGGGGCUGCAGCGCCCGGCCUUAAUCAGCAUCUUCAGAGCCUUCCUGCUGCUCUUCCUCGCCGGCCACAUCUCCUACCUGAGCCUCGUGCGCUUCGACUACGGCUACAACCUGGUGGCCAACGCUGCUGCUGGCACGCUGACGGUGGCGUGGUGGCUGCGGUGGUGCCUGCGGCAGGGGCGGCGCCUCCCGCACGUGUGGAAAUGCGCGGCCGCGGUGCUGCUGCUCCAGGCGCUGGCGCUGCUCGAGCUCCUCGACUUCCCGCCCCUGCUCUGGGUGCUGGACGCCCACGCGCUCUGGCACAUCGGGACCAUCCCCCUCAACGUGCUCUUCUACAGUUUCCUGAUGGACGACAGCCUCUACCUCCUGAAGGCCAACUCCGACCUCUUCAAAGUGGACUAGAGCUGCCGGGGGGGGACAGGGGGGCAGAGCCCCUCCCCCC